CUGACUUCCCCGUCAAAUAUUUUCAUUUCAUUCAUACCAGGCCUGGAUUUGCCAUUGGUUUGACCAUAUCGAUUCUAUCAAUGUCUACUCGUAAGUCUAGUCGUACACGCACCAUGACCUCUAAGGUCAGAGAGUCGUUUGAUUGUUUAGAACCCACUAACAAACCUAUAGUUAGGAAAUCAGACAGUGAAGUUGUUCCAUCAAAAAGGAGGAGGAUUCAAGCACCAGAGGAAGUGAAUAGUGACAAGAUUGAUCCUGUUGAAAAGCUAUUGAGCUUGACUAAUGUGAAUAAUGAUAUCUUGAACUUGGACGAGGAAGAGACUAAUGCAUCCGUGAAUAAUGAACAACUGCAAAGCAGCAAUCCCAUUAGCUUCACCGAGUUAAAAUCGCUCAAUUUCACAAAAAUAUUGAACGAUAACAUUCGCUCAUACUACGCCAACUUCAGGAAAACUCCUCUCGAAGUGUAUAACGAUCAUUCUUCUUUUGCAUUAUUAAACUCGAGCUCUCGGAAGCCAACCAACCACGAUAUAGUACCCAACCCUCCAAGCCCUUCCACUCCAACUUUCACUCAUAAUCCUAACGUUCCAUUCUUCAAGAAUGUCAACUUUAAUUCUAAUUCUAAAAGUAAUGGUGAGUCAUAUACUUUUGAUGACUAUUUUUCUUAUGGUGAAGAGGAAAAGGUUCCAAGUGUUCCUGCUGCUCCUUCUACAUCGGAUGGUUUCUCUAAAGUGAAUAACAAAAUGAGAUUUCACUACAGGCAGAAUCACAACAAUUUGAACUUAUCCGAUUUUACUUCCUGUUCUUCUUCAGCACUUAAUGCUUCAUCUUACUCUGUUGCCGAUGGCGACUCUCAUGAUAUCUUCAAGAUUUUGAACAAGAGGUCUAUCUUGUCCGGUAAGGCUAGUGAAAUGGUCAGUACUGGUACAUUUUUGAUAAAUGAUUUCUUCUUGUGAACUAUUAUUACAGUUUUAUUUCUAACCUUAAUUUAUUUCUCGGUACAUGUACAGUAAUAAGUAUAAUAAAUGGAUUUAUUGAAUUGA